UCCACAUUUUACAUAAUAAUUCUGUUUAAUAAUUUUAGUAUUGUUUGCAUCUUUGUUAUCUUUUUUCUAUCACUAUCUUCUGGCCUUCAAUUGACUUCAGUCAGCCCUGGUAGCUGAGUUUUUAUUAUUGGUAGCAAAUAAAAAGCACCUGUUACACAUCUCUCUGCCAAGUCACAAACACACACUCCACAACUUCAACUGCCAGCUCUCUCUGUCAAAGAAAAAUAAGACAUUGAUACCAUCACCACUGUUGAAGCAGAACCUUCUCUGGCUGUGCCAUUCGACAAACCAUAACAACGCCGUCACAUUUCUGAAAUUCCUUAUGUCUAACUAAUCAUAUUUAAAGUGCAAAGAAUGUUUCAGACAACCCUCUCCAGUCUUUUGAGGAAACGUCGGCAACCUGAAUUGACCUGUGCUCAGCCACAAAAGGAAAUGAAGUUUGGAGAGGUGACGGUGUACCUGGUGGAGAGAAGAAUGGGCAAAAGCAGGAGAAACUUCCUGACAAGUUUGGCCAGGUCAAAAGGCUUCUGUGUGGACAACAACUUAAGUAGUAACGUGACUCACAUUGUGGCAGAGGACAAUCCAGCACAUGAGCUCUGGCCAUGGUUACAGGAACAGGGCAUUGAAAACCUGAGCAAAAUGAAUGUGCUGGACAUCACCUGGUUUACACAGAGCAUGAGAGCUGGCAGGCCCCUUCCUGUGGAGACAGAACAUUGGAUACAAGGUCAUCGUGUUGCCUGUUCUGAUAACAGUGGAUGUGAGAAGCCAUCUGUGCAGCCAGAGCCAGAAGCAGUUCCACCAGACAGUCCUUGGUUUACUGUCUCUCAGUAUGCAUGCAAAAGACGGACCACACUGCAUAAUCAUAACAAGAUCCUCACUGAUGCUCUGGAAGUACUGGCAGAGAACUAUGAGUUCAUUGAGAGUAUAGGUCCGUGUCUGGGCUUCCGGAGAGCUGCAUCUGUACUGAAGAGUCUCCCUGUGCCUCUGCGCAACAUCAGUGACAUUGAGAGACUUCCCUGCCUAGGACCAGAGACCAAGGCAGUUAUACAGGAUAUUUUUGAAUGUGGAUCAUCCUCAAAAGUUGAAGAAGUAUUAACAGAUGAGAGAUACAGAACUUUGAAGAUUUUCACCAGUGUGUUUGGAGUUGGACCUAAGACAGCAGAGAAAUGGUAUCGCAAAGGCCUGCGUAGACUGGAGCAGAUCACCUUUGACACCAGCAUUCACUUAAACAGGAUGCAAGUAGCAGGAUUCCAGCAUUAUAAAGACAUCUCAAAGCCAGUAAGCAAAGCUGAGGCUGAGGCAGUGGGUCGUAUUAUAAAGGAGAUCGCCAGCAGUUUCAAUGGUGAUGUCACUAUCACUCUGACUGGAGGCUUCCGCAGAGGAAAAGAAUUUGGGCAUGAUGUUGAUUUUCUCCUUACUGUACCUGGGCAUGGUAAAGAAGAUGGACUUCUUCCUGCAGUGAUUGAUCAACUCAGGAGUCAGGGAAUUCUCCUUUACUCAGACUUCCAAGAGUCAACCUUUGACCUAAGCAAGUUGCCAAGUUGCCGGUUUGAAGCCAUGGAUCAUUUCCAGAAAUGUUUUCUGAUCGUGAAAUUGAAGAAUGAGCAGGUGGAUGGCCAGCAGGCAGAGCAGACAUGUGGGAGAGACUGGAAGGCAGUGAGGGUGGAUCUGGUAGCACCUCCGGCUGAGCGAUAUGCUUUCGCCCUGCUGGGCUGGAGUGGAUCCACGCAGUUUGAAAGAGACCUGAGGAGAUUUGCCCGACUGGAGCGAAACAUGAUGCUGGACAAUCAUGCCCUCUUUGAUAAAACAACAAAUACCUUCCUGCAGGCUAAGACAGAGGAGGACAUCUUCACCCAUUUGGGAUUGGACUAUAUUGAGCCUUGGCAGAGGAAUGCUUAGACCUCAUCCUAUUCAUCAAAUGAAGAAGAGUGCAAAGAAAACGAAUUGCUGUAAUUACCAGAAUAUACAUCAAACCAGAUGUGACCAGACUGUCUAGGACAUCAUGUGGUGAUAAUAAGCACAGGUGGAGUUUAACAGCAGUAGAAGUGAUAUUGGAUUCCACCUUCAGUGAGCAUCAUUUACUGAAGUCCUGGCUCUUCAUUACUGUAGAAUAACAAUGCUAGAGGAACUGUAUACUCUCAUUUUAAAAGAUCACAUGUAUUUAAGUAUAAUGUUUUUUACAUGUAUGUAGAGCUUUCAUCAUGCAAUAUCACUUGUCUCUUCUGUCUUACCUUCAGGCUUGAAUUUUCAUAGUAAUAUGACCAUAGUGACUGCAUCUAUGUUAUAUCUUGGAAGGGUAUAAAAUGUCUCUGUAGGAUAGCUUAAUGGUGCAUGUUUGUCUGUUAGUAUAAAUUACUAAGUGCUUAUUUUAGAGGAUAGGAUUACAUACUCUCACAUGGAGCUGUUAUUACACGAUAAAAAAUCGAGGGUUAUCCAGCAUGUAGCCAUUGAUGCAAUUUUGGUGUUAUGUUGCUCAGUUUUUACUCAAAUAAAUCAAAUAAAUUCCAUUGUGAAGAUUUUACUAAAU